AUGGCGGGCGCUGUGCAGCUUUGGGGUUUGCCUGGGUGGUCAGCGGGAAGCGCCGAGAUCCCAGCGGACCUGGCGACGCUGGCCAAGGAGCAGGCGCAGAUGGACGAGGUCCGGAGGGAGACCCACGCGGACUACCUGAAGGCGAAGGCGGACCUGGAGCAGGGCCUCGAGGGCGUGCGGAAGGCCCUCAGCGUCUUGCGGGAGUACUACGGCAACGCGGCGGCGAUGCUGCAGCAGGGCGACGACCAGCCCUCCAUGCCGGCGCAGCACUCCAAGGGUGAGGGCGGUAAUCUUCAGGCCCCCCUGAGUGGCCCGAGUGCUAGCACCGUUGUCACAGUCGAGGAUCAGCUUUUCUCGGACAUCAAGUCGCUCACGCGAACGCGAGCGGUCGCGGAGAGGGCGAGGCGGGCCGAGCUCGGCUUGGGCUCCACCUUUUGA